AAAAAAAAAAGAUAGUUUGAUGAAGAGUUUGUGGGUUGGAAAUUUGGGCGCGAGGGUGGUGUCAUUUUGAAAAUUUCUUCUCCUGGAGAUUAAGUUAAUGAAGAGCUGAGGCUUUGAGUUUCAUAGCUUUUGAUCAGAAUUUGUGCUACUUUGAGAAUCUAUAUGGUUGUUUCUUGACAAUGGGUUCAAGAAUUUGGGUGUGUUCUCUGGUUAUUUCCAUCCAAGUACUGAUUAUAGCAUCUCAGACAAAUAACCAGGAUUAUGUUGCUCUACAGUCUCUUCAGGAUAUAUGGCAAAACACACCACCCAAUUGGGUUGGGCCAGAUCCAUGUGGUGCUGGCUGGGAUGGAAUUAGGUGCAACAAUUCCCGUGUGACUUCUAUAACAUUGGCAAGCUUGAAUUUGACUGGUCAGCUGUCUGGAGACAUCCAGGAGUUGGCUGAACUACAGAUUCUAGAUCUUUCAUACAAUAAAGGAUUAACUGGAUCUCUUCCUCCAUCGAUCGGAAAUUUGAAGAAGUUAGCAAGAUUAAUCCUGGUUGGUUGUGGUUUUUCUGGUCUGAUACCAGACACGAUAGGAUCUCUGCAACAGCUGAUUUCUCUGUCUCUGAAUUCCAACAACUUCAUUGGAGGAAUACCUCCUUCCAUUGGUAGUCUAAUAAAUCUUUAUUGGUUGGAUAUAGCUGACAACAAGCUUAGUGGCACUAUCCCAGUAUCUGAUGGAAACAAACCUGGUCUUGAUAUGCUGGGCCAUACAAAGCAUUUUCAUUUUGGACAGAAUCGUCUUUCCGGUGAAAUCCCUCCACGGCUUUUCAACUCAAAUAUGACUCUCAUUCAUGUGCUUUUUGAAAGCAACAAUCUCAUUGGCAACAUCCCUUCCACAAUAGGACUUGUACAGACUUUGGAGGUGCUACGUCUUGACAGGAAUGCAUUAAGUGGAACUGUCCCACAAAACCUCAAUAGCAAUAGUCUUCUCAAAGAGCUGUAUUUGUCAAACAACAAACUGACUGGCGCCUUGCCUAAUUUAACUGGCCUGAAUUCCCUCAACUACAUGGAUCUGAGCAACAAUAGUUUUACUGCGUCUGCUGUUCCAUCAUGGGUUUUGACCCUACAGUCUUUGACAACACUAGUUAUGGAACGCGUACAACUUGAAGGACAAGUUCCAGUUGGCCUCUUCAGCCUCCCUCUCUUGCAGACUGUCAUACUGAAGAACAACCAGCUCAAUAGCACUUUGGAUAUUGGCCCCAGCUACAGCAAUAAACUGCAGCUCGUUGAUUUGCAGAGCAAUUAUAUUACUGAUUAUGCUCGGAGGGUGGGAUACAAUAAGGAGUUGAUACUUGUAGGUAACCCAAUUUGUCAGGAAACAGGACAGAGUCAGACAGAAAACUACUGUGUCAUUCCCCUGCAGUCCAAUUAUUCCUCAUAUUCAACUCCUCUAAAUAAUUGCUUGCCUACUACAUGUGGUUCGAAUCAGUUAUCCAGCUCCAAUUGUAAAUGUGCAUAUCCAUACACAGGCACCCUAACUUUCAGAGCUCCUUCCUUCUUUGACCUGAGAAAUUUGAGUAUUUAUACGUCCCUUCAAAGUUCUAUGAUGGGUUUUUUUCAGUCCCAUCAACUCCCUGUGGAUUCAGUUUCUCUGAGUAAUCCAACCAAAAAUUCAGAUGAUUACGUUAUACUGGACGUGGAAAUUUUCCCAUCUGGCCUAAAUCGUUUCAACCGAGGUGGAAUUUCUGGAGUAGGGUUUGUGCUAAGCAGCCAAACUUUCAAGCCUCCCAGCGUAUUUGGACCCUUUGUCUUCCAUGGUGAUGGCUAUGGAAACUUCGCAGGAACCCAUAAAUCAACAAGUACUGGCGUCAUCAUCGGAGCAGCAGUUGGUGGCUCUGUCUUGGUGAUAUUAGUACUCCUCGCAGGAGUUUAUGCUUUCCGUCAAAAGAGAAGAGCUGAAAGAGCUGAUAAACAGAAUAAUCCUUUCGCAUCUUGGAACCCAGACAAAAGCAGCGGAGGUGUUCCUCAGUUAAAAGGAGCAAGAUUUUUUUCGUUUGAGGAGCUCAAGAGAUGCACAAACAACUUCUCAGAAACCAAUGAUCUUGGAUCUGGUGGCUAUGGAAAGGUAUACAGAGGAACUCUUCCCAGCGGACAACUAGUUGCCAUCAAAAGAGCUCAACACGGAUCUAUGCAGGGUGGUCUUGAGUUUAAAACUGAGAUUGAGCUUCUUUCAAGGGUUCAUCACAAGAAUGUUGUCAGCCUAGUGGGCUUCUGUUUCGAGCAAGAUGAACAGAUGCUGGUCUAUGAGUAUAUUCCAAAUGGUACACUGAAGGAAAGUCUUUCAGGGAAGUCAGGAAUCAGAUUGGACUGGAUGAGGAGACUUAGAAUAACCCUUGGAGCAGCCAGGGGUAUUCAGUAUUUGCAUGAUCAUGCUAAUCCUCCCAUCAUACAUAGGGACAUCAAAACAAACAAUAUUUUACUGGAUGAACGCUUGACCGCAAAAGUUGCUGAUUUCGGUCUUUCCAAACCUAUGGAUGACUCUGAAAAGGGUCAUGUCACCACUCAAGUCAAGGGGACAAUGGGCUACAUGGAUCCUGAAUAUUACAUGACUCAACAGUUGACUGAGAAGAGUGAUGUUUAUAGCUUUGGUGUGGUAAUGCUGGAGAUGAUAACUGCAAGAAGUCCAAUUGAGAAAGGGAAAUACAUUGUAAGAGAGGUGAAGCAAGCAAUGGAUAGGACCAAAGAACUAUAUAACCUUCAUGGAAUUCUUGACCCAGCCAUUGGUUUGAACAGUACUGCACCAAAAUGUUUAGAGAAGUAUGUGGAUCUGGCACUGAGGUGUCUCGAAGAAACAGGAUUUCUCAGGCCAGCAAUGAGCGAGGUGGUGAAAGAGAUUGAGAACAUCAUGGAAUUGGCUGGGCUGAACCCCAAUGCUGAAUCUGCAUCAACUUCAGCAAGCUAUGAUGAGGGAGGUAAGGGGUUCGACCAUCCUUACAGCAAUGAAAGCCUCUUUGAUUAUAGUGGAAUCUAUCCACCCUCAAAGUUAGAGCCCAAGUAA